UCCUGAGUGAUGGAUUACUAGUCUCGACUCUCGUGCAUUAAAUUCAUCAAAUUACACGCGGCCAAGUCCGGGGUCACACGCCUUGGCACCCGCCUCUUUCAGGAGUCUUGUUCAUUGAACCUCGUCUCGUCAUCGUCAGUUUUCCUCAGGAAACUCUUCCUAACCUUUUUGAAGACUAUCUUCAAAGACAUCCUGUCCCGCCGCUGGACGAUGGAAUAUAGCGCAUGAGCACGUGAAAGGAACUAAUUCUGGUCAUGGACAAGAAGGAUGGAAAAUGGUACACCCACACAACAUCGUGGCGAUGACAGCGUCGACCAUGGCACCGUAGUACCCGUGAAGAAGAUACGUUCAGAGAACGAUAAAAGCCAGGGAGGAAGUCACAGGCGGAGCAUUUCCGGCAAUCUGCUAGCGAGUCUUCCCUUUCUGAAGACUUCACCCAAGGACCUCACCUCACAAUGGCCACCAACAAAGGAACCCACGGGACCUGCGGGGGACAACGCCAGCGAAAACCCCAAGCCAGGCUCAUCAUCCAUCGCGAACGCCCUGCGCCAGAGUCAAGGCCGCAAAAGGAAGGGCUCUCUGCGCCGCCUUGCAACUGGGAAAAUGAUGCGCGAGCGGCGGAACUCGAUACUCAAUCAACAAGAACGUCUCAAUGCCCAACAGCCAACGCCUAGUAUCAAUGGUGCGAGCGGCCCUCCGCAAUUCGACCACGAUCCAGCAUCCCAACGCUUCGGCUAUGAAAAUGCGUCUUUCAAUUCGUCAUCCGAUAGCGGCUGGUCACAGGAUGGCAGACUUGCGAACCCUUCAAUUAGCAAUCUCAACCUCAAUGAUCAUGGCAAGGAGUACGACAAUGACCAACCCACACCGCGCAUCCUGGAAACAUCUCCUCUUGAAAGUCCGGUCGGUCCGUAUGCAUCUACGACAGACGACGACGAGAGUCUUUCCUUCUACCGUCCCACGGUUUUGAGUAGCAGUUCUUCGUAUGGCGUGGUGCAGCGUCAGUCGCCUCUUUCCUCCGCAUUGCAGAGGCGUCGGUCGAAUCGCUCGGGCCAAACCUCGUCAUUGACCGUUGUGAACACCCCGACGGACGCAGUAAUGGAUGACGAUUGGGACUAUAGCGAGACGGAGUGGUGGGGGUGGGUUGUACUCAUAGUGACUUGGAUAGUAUUCGUCGUAGGCAUGGGCUCCUGUCUCGGAGUGUGGAGCUGGGCGUGGGAUGUAGGGGAGACUCCGUAUGCCCCUCCGGAGCUCGAGGACGAUGCUACACUGCCCAUUACAGGCUACUAUCCAGCAUUGAUGUUAUGUACAGCGGUCAUGGCCUGGGUCUGGGUUGUGGUUGCGUGGGUGGGCAUGAAAUAUUUCAGGCACGCCAAAGUCGUGGGAGAAGACAGUUAACCGCGUCAUACGUCUAAUAAUCGACCUGUUCCACCACAUAUAGGCGUUUCUAUUAUUACCACGCCGUUACAUUAAUGCGUUCGUUAUCGCCAAUAAGAAAUUCGGCCUGAAACAUUAAGCCAUAACAUCCCACUUAAGGGACGCCCCUCCAGAUGCCUGAUCUUCGUUUGCUCGCUAAGCUUGGGUUGUUU